GGCGUUGAUUGGAAGAAAGAACUGGGAUGCUUAGUCGAGCUCUUGCCUGCGCUUGAGUGAGCACUUACCAACAUGUCAGGGUGGGAGUCUUAUUACAAAAACGAGGGUGAUGAAGAAGAAGAACAAGAGGAGGACCUUGAAGCAGGUGGAGAAUAUACAUAUUCAGGAAGAGAUAGUUUGAUUUUUUUGGUUGAUGCUUCUAAGGCCAUGUUUAAAUUGGAGGAUGAAGAUGAAUUGACUCCUUUUGACAUGAGCAUCCAGUGUAUCCAGAGUGUGUACACCAGUAAAAUCAUAAGCAGUGAUCGAGAUCUCUUGGCAGUGGUGUUCUAUGGUACCGAGAAGGACAGAAACUCAGUGAAUUUCAAAAACAUUUACGUCUUACAGGAGUUGGAUAAUCCAGGUGCUAAACGAGUGUUAGAGCUUGCGCAGUUUAAGGGGCAGCAGGGGAAGAAACAUUUCCAAGACCUGAUUGGCUAUGGCUGUGACUACUCACUAAGUGAAGUGCUGUGGGUCUGUGCCAACCUCUUUAGUGAUGUCCAGUUCAAGAUGAGCCAUAAGAGGAUCAUGCUAUUCACCAAUGAAGAUGACCCCCAUGGCAAUGAUAGUGCCAAAGCCAGCCGGGCCAGGACCAAAGCUGGGGAUCUCCGUGACACAGGUAUCUUCCUUGACUUGAUGCACCUGAAGAAACGUGGUGGCUUUGACAUAUCCUUAUUCUACAGAGAUAUCAUCAGCACAGCAGAGGAUGAGGACCUAAGGGUUCACUUCAAGGAAUCGAGCAAUCUAGAAGACCUGUUGAGGACAGUUCGAGCCAAGGAGACCAGGAAGCGUGCACUCAGCAGGUUGAAGUUUAAGCUCAACAAAGAUAUAGCGUUCACUGUCGGCAUUUAUAAUAUGGUCCAGAAGGCUUUCAAACCUCCUCCAAUUAGGCUUUAUCGGGAAACAAAUGAACCAGUGAAAACCAAGACUCGGACAUUUAAUGUAAAUACAGGCAGUUUGCUUCUACCAAGCGACACCAAGAGGUCUCAGAUCUAUGGGAAUCGUCAGAUUGUACUAGAGAAAGAAGAGACGGAACAACUAAAACGGUUUGAUGAACCAGGUUUGGUUCUCAUCGGUUUCAAGCCUCUGAUAAUGCUAAAGAAGCACCAUUACCUGAGGCCCUCCCUGUUCGUGUACCCUGAGGAGUCCCUGGUUAAUGGGAGCUCAACCCUGUUCAAUGCUCUCCUCACCAAAUGUCUGGAGAAGGAGGUCAUGGCAGUGUGCAGAUACACCCCCCGCCAGAACAUCCCCCCUUAUUUUGUGGCCUUAGUGCCACAGGAAGAGGAGCUGAAUGACCAGAAAAUUCAAGUGACUCCCCCAGGUUUUCAUCUUGUCUUCUUACCCUAUGCUGAUGAUAAACGGAAGGUGCCCUUUACUGAGAAAGUGAUGGCAAACCCAGAGCAGGUAGACAAGAUGAAGGCUAUUGUUCAGAAGCUCCGCUUCAAAUAUAGAAGUGACAGCUUUGAGAACCCGGUACUGCAGCAGCACUUCAGGAACCUGGAGGCCUUGGCUUUGGAUUUGACGGAGCCUGAACAAGCAGUAGAUCUGACAUUGCCCAAGGUUGAAGCAAUGGAUGGAAGACUGGGCUCCCUCGUAGAUGAGUUUAAGGAGCUUGUAUACCCACCAGAUUACAAUCCUGAGGGAAAAGUUUCGAAGCGAAAACAAGAUGAAAGUUCUGUAAGCAAAAGGCCCAAGAUGGAGUUAUCCAAGGAGGAACUGAAGGCCCAUGUCAGCAAGGGGACGCUGGGUAAGCUCACUGUGCCCAUGCUAAAGGAAGCCUGCAGGGUGUGUGGACUGAAGGGAGGGAUGAGGAAGCAGGAGCUGCUGGAUGUACUCACCAAACACUUCCAGGACUGACCAGAGCCUGUCCCCCUAGCAACCCUUCCACCCUGUAGCCAUGCUGCCUGGUUUUCUCAAGUUAAAAAAUAUUCCUCCUGAGCCAGGAAGUCUGCCUGACAGAAGCCAGAACUUUAUACUUAUGAGACUUUCUGUUGCCAUGGAGACAGAGUAGUCCUCCCACUUUGUUGUGCCUUAUUCUACUGUCUGAAUAAAGAGCCCUAAUUUUGUACUAUA